AUGGUAACUCCAACUUGUAUCCAAUUGCAUUUGAGUGUGGUUAUUCCUGAUAGUAAAGACUUAGCUUUUGUGUCAGAUAGACAUGCGUCAAUUGCUAAAGCAAUCAGGGAUGUCUACCCACGAUCAAAGCACGGAAUUUGUAUACACCACUUGCUGACCAAUGUGGUUAAAUUCUUCAAGACAAAGGGGUUCACUGCUUUGGUCGAGAAGGCUUCAAAGGCAUAUAGGUAUAGUGAAUUUCAGGAACGUUUCACAGAAAUUGUUGAUAUCAGUCCGGCACUUGGAAGAUAUCUACAGGAGGCUGAUGUGAGAAAAUGGGCUCGUUCUCUCUUCCCUGGAUCCAGGUAUGACAUCAGGACCAAUAACCCAGCCGAGUCGAUUAAUUCAGCUCUAAGAUCUCCUAGACAAUUUCCAGUAAUUCCUUUGCUAGAUAGUAUAAGAGAAAUGAUGACCCGAUGGUUCUAUGAGCGUCGCAUGUUAAGCUCCAAACAUAUUGAUCCUUUAACCGAUAAGGUGGAGAAAAAGAUUGAUAGGAGAAUCGUGAAGGCUCGAGGGUUUCAGGUUCAGAAGGUUGACAACUUCAGAUCACUUGUUAAAGGAGACAUAUAUUAUUGUCAUGUUGAUCUGGAAACCAGAACAUGCACAUGUGGGAAAUUUGAUUUAGGAAAAAUUCCAUGCAGACACGCCAUUCCUGCAAUAUAUUCUCGAGGUAUGGAAGUACACCAAUUUACUGAUGGCGUCUAUAGCACUGCAACGUGGAGAGCUGCCUACGCGGAAUCCAUUAAUCUCAUACCAGUUCCAGAGGCUGAAUGGAAUGUCCCAGAUGAGGUUAAACUUGCGAAGAUCUUACCACCAGAGUCAAGAAAGAGUGCUGGUAGACCAGUAAAGAGAAGGUAUGAAACAGUAGAAGACAAGAUUAGAUCUUCUCAAGGAUCAACAAAGAAGAAAAAGCACAAGUGCAGCCGGUGUGGUAGGGAGGGACACAAGAGAGGAACAUGUGAUAAACCUAUCUAG